CCCCCUGCGGCCUCGCCAGCUUUGCGGGAAAACAGACGCGAGCGGAGCUUUUUUUAACCCCUCUCCCUCUCCCUCCGCCUCCCCUCCCUCCUCCGAUGGCAUCUCCGCCGCCCUCCGCCGCCGCCGGAGCGGCGCCUGAAUCGCCGCCCCCGGCGCAAGUGGUGGGCAACGCAUUCGUGCAGCAGUACUACAACAUCCUGCACCAGUCGCCGGAGCUCGUCUACCGCUUCUACCAGGAGACCAGUCGCCUCGGCCGCCCUGCUAGCGCCGGCGCCGACAUGGAUACCGUCACCACCAUGGAGGCGAUUAACGACAAGAUCAUGUCCAUGGACAUCACGCGGGCGGAGAUCAGGGAGGUGGACGCGCAGGAGUCGCUGUGCGGCGGCGUCACCGUGCUCGUCAUGGGCCAUCUCACGGGGAGGAACAACGUCAGCCGCGAGUUCGUGCAGUCCUUCUUCCUCGCGCCGCAGGAGAAGGGCUACUUUGUGCUCAACGACAUAUUGCGCUACAUCGGGGAGGGGGAGGAGGUGGAGGCCGAGCAGGCGCCACCACCACUGCAGAAGCCGGCGCUGGAUGUGGAUGCGGAUGCAGCUGCGGAGGCUGUCCCUGCUGCUGCCCUGCCGAACGGCAUUGUAGAAGGAGCUACGGAGAGUGUGCCUCGUGAACAGGAUGCUUUGCCGCAGCCUGAGCAGCAUGUGGCUGAGCCUGCGCCUCAUCCUCAGGAGGAGGUAGAUCUGAACGAGGAGGUUUAUAACCCCCCACCAAAUGACACAGAGGAACCUGUUUUGGAGGAAACACCGGCUCCUGAGGUCAUAAACGAAGUGCCAAAUAAUCCAGCAGUGCCUACUCCGAGUUCAGCUCCCACUGUACCGCUUGAGGAGGCUCCGAAGAAGUCGUAUGCUUCAAUUGUAAAAGUCAUGAAAGAAUUUCGACCACCAGCUUCCACAGUUCCUUCCAGGCCUGCACCACCAAAACCAGAAAAACAAGCCCCUCCUGCCCCUGCUCUGGUCGCUGAUGUUCCAGCUUUCAGUCUUAACUCUCAGAGCAGCAGCUUUCAAGAUCCAGAAGUUGAUGGGCAUGCGAUAUAUGUGCGAAAUCUGCCUUUAAAUGCCAUGCCACAGCAAUUAGAAGACGAGUUCAAGAGAUUUGGCACCAUUAAACAUGAUGGCAUCCAAGUUAGAAGCAACAAGAUCCAAGGGUUUUGUUUUGGCUUCGUAGAAUUUGAGGAUGCCAGUGUUGUCCAAAGUGCAAUAGAGGCUUCUCCGGUUAUGAUUGGUGACCGGCAAUGUUACGUCGAAGAGAAAAGAACUACUGGUUCACGUGGUAGUAGCAGAGGAAGGUUCGCACCGGGUAGAGGUGGUAACUUCCGAGGUGAAGGAAUGAGAGGCCGUGGUAAUUACAGCGGAGGGAGGGGCUACGGAAGGGGUGAGGUCAGUUAUCGAUUUUAUUAUGGAGGUAGGGGUGGUGGCAGAGGUGGUGCAUCACGUGGAGGUGAUGUUAGCUACCAGCGGGUCGACCACUCUGGUACAGCCGGUGGUAGUGGUGUGCGGGCACCAUCCACCACUACCGCAGUCGGAAAGUGAGUUCUUGGCAGCUAUGCAUCGGUAGUACUUUUAUGGCCACUAUCAUGGUCGCCAGAAAGAGUGGUGGGUUUGGGUUCAUGUGAGAUCAGCAAAAUCGGGUCAUAAAUUUAUGCUUACCUUGUUUUGUGGCAAGGUAUAGCAGCGGUGAUAUCGGUUACUAAUUGUAGAAUCUACGUCUAUUCAGAUGUAGUCCUAGUAUGUUUGGCUUCGUCGAGCAGCUGAUCGUUUUCCUUCUUUUACGUAUUCCAAAUUGGAGGGGUUGAUUUGAAGUGCCAGCGAUUUAUAGUUUUUAUUGACUUGUGGAAUAAGUGAUGGUUUAGAGUUGCUAAGAUUGGUACUAGAA